UAAUCUUAUCAUAUAGUUUUCAAACUUAACAAUAAUUGAAAAGGCUUAAUUACCUAAACUAACUCAAAUUAUAACUUCUUCAUUUCAGUUCAGUUCAUUAAAUUUCUUUUGCGAGGCAAGAAAAUGGUAGAUGCAGUGAUUUCAUUUGUGGUGGAGAAAUUGGGUGAUGCACUUAUCGGUGAAACAUUUUUCUUACAUAGUGUCCGCAGUCAAGUUGAGAGGUUACGUGGUGAACUAAUAAGGAUGCAGUGUUUCUUAAAAGAUGCAGAUGCAAGAGAACAACAAGGGGACGAGGGUGUUCGCAAUUGGAUUGCAGAAAUUAGAAACAUCGCUUACGAUGCCGAAGAUGUAAUUGACACCUUCCUCCUUAAAGUUAAUUCCACCUGUAAAACUAAAACAGGAAUAAAGAACUUUCUUACAAGAAAUGCUUGGAUGGUCAAGAAUUUGGGACAUCUUCACAGGGUUGGCUAUGAGAUCCAAGCCAUCCAGGCUAGACUCAAAGCAAUAUCUGACAGCAGAGUGACAUAUGGUAUUAAAGACUUGGGCGAUAAAGAAACUUCAAGUUCUGAAACAAAUCAAAGGAUGAUCCAACACCCGUUAAGAAAUUGCUAUUCUCAUGUUGAGGAUGAUCAAGUUAUCGGCUUCGAGGAACAUACGAAGAUAUUAAUUACUGAGUUGAUGAAAGAUGACGAACGGCGUUGCGUCAUAUCUAUCGUUGGUGUUGGCGGUCUAGGCAAAACCACUCUAGCCAAAAAAAUAUAUAGACAUGAUACCAUCAAGAAUCGUUUUGAUUGUUGCGGUUGGAGUUCUAUUUCUCAACAACUUAAUGUGCAAGAUAGUUUAGGAGAAAUCUUGAAGAAGUGUACGACUCUAACUGACAGUGAGCUGCAGAUGCUCAAAGCGAUGAGUGCCACAGAUCUUGUGGAAAAGCUUUACAACUACCUCCAAGAUAAGCGAUAUUUCGUAGUGUUGGAUGACGUAUGGAAAUUUGAUCAUUGGAAUACUCUAAGCCCUGCAUUUCCAACCGGGAAGAGAGGAAGCAAAGUGUUAUUGACAACUCGGAACAAAGAUGUCGCUUUACUGGUAGAUCCAUGGAGCCUUCACUUCCAACCUCAACAUUUAACCGAUGAGGAGAGUUGGGAAUUGCUUUGUAAAAAAGCAUUUCCAGAUAAUACCACAGGCGUCAAUUGCUGCCCAGCACGUUUGGAGAAGUUGGGAAGGGAAAUGGUGCGUAAAUGUGGUGGUCUGCCGCUGGGUAUAUGUGUGCUUGGAGGGUUAUUAGCAACAAAGAGAUCAGAAAUCAAGCAAUGGGAACUUGUUCAUAGAGACGUUAUUUCGUACAUUAGUAAAGGCGAAAAUGGAGGUGUGAUGGGAAUAUUAGCAUUGAGUUACCACGAUUUGCCAUGCCACCUAAAACCAUGUUUUCUCUAUUUAGGUUUGUUCCCAGAAGACUAUGCUAUUCCAAGAAAGAAACUGAUCCCAUUGUGGAUUGCCGAGGGCUUCAUACCACAAACGCAGGAAAAAUUACAUGCAAAGAUGGAGGAUAUAGCGAAGCACCAGUAUUUAGCAGAGUUAACUCAGAGGUGUAUGGUUCAAGUCAGCUACGAAUUUUUUGUAGGGGAAGGCAUGAUUAAAACAUAUCGAAUACAUGAUCUUAUGCGAGACCUUUGUUUGUCAGAAGCGAAGGCAAUGAACUUCCUUGAUAUUCAUAAUCAGCAGCAACAUUGCACUAGUGGUGUAACAUCGACUAAUGCCAAGAAAUUGCGGAGCAUGUUCGAAGAGGACCCGAUGGCAACUGUUCAAUAUCUCCCAAACUUAAAGGAUUUAAGCAUGCAACGUGUUUACGAUGGCGAGAAAAUGGUAUGCUCUUCAGCAGGGUUCCCUCAAGUCCAAAUUUUAACCUUCACUGAGCAUAAAAAUCUAAAGGAGUGGAGAGUCGACCAAGGUGGAAUGCCACAUCUUAAGUACUUGACCAUUAUGAAAUGUAAGAAACUGAGUAUGCUUCCUGAAGGUUUGAGGUUCAUCAUUUCCCUAGAGCAAUUGAAUAUUUUAGGAAUGCCAUUGGUAAAAGACAGGAUUGUGAAAGGAGUAGGAGAGGACUGGUACAAAGUUCAACAUGUACCCUCCAUUACAGCUCAGUAAAUGUAGCAAUAGCGAUGAGGAUGAGAUUACUAUUCUGUUGUACUCUUCUUACUUGAUUUCUUGAUGUCUUUUUUCUUUCUUUUUCUGAACCAUGUAUUUUAGAAAAUCACCAACCAUUUUAAUAUAAAAGAGGUAUAA